AUGGGGACCGGAAACGGUGUUCCUCCCGUUAUACCGGCAUUAUUAGGUCGCCUCAUCGGAAAAACGGCAACCAUAAAUAGUCGUCUUAAAAAUUAUAGGGUCAAAAGGCACCCCCUCCUCCCCCACACCCAAUUGCAAAACGACAACGUUCGGUUGCCUCCGCCUCUUCCCACACCUCUCACUCUCGUAGUCGCAGGUCCCAAGGGUCUCUCUCCUCCGAAGAACCGCCGGUCACUGACACUGCUAUCCACCUUUCAUACCAUUCAUUUCGUCAUUUUCAUCGUCGGACCAAAGAAUCGUGUCAUCUUCUGUGCGCCAAUUACUUCAUGA